GAUGGAGACGUAGAGCGACGUACAUCAGACGUUGUUCAAGCGUAGCGGAUGUGCCGGGCAGUCAGGUAGUCCACACUUACUAUCCGUCCACCAUGGACAAAGGCAAGUUGGAGUUUUGUGGAGAUUCUAUUUGGGUAAGUUCUAAGUUUUUACUAUUUUUUCCAUCCUUCAGCAUAACAAAGCCAUUGCGAUGUGUUUUCCUGCAAAUGUAACGUGAGCGGUGCUCACUGACCGGAACAGUCUGACAUUCCAGUCUCCAGAUGUAGCCGGAAGUAGCUAUUCAAAAGACAGUUUACAUGUCCUGUGAUAUUUCUUACUGUGUGUUUCCAGACCGCCGGGGACGAUUACUUUAUUCCUAUAUGUCUAAACAUUUUCUCAUUACCUGUUUCUCGCGCGCUCGCGUAUACACCCAGGCGCGUGACUGAACAAAGUACAUCUACACACGCUUUAUAGGUCAGUGAGGCUUAGAAAAAGAUGAAAUCGUGAAACAAGAGGAUGUGAGAUGAUGUAGUGAGACGACUGUAAGAUGAAGUAUGUGUAGCAUGGUUCGUGACAUGUCAAGAGUACAUGUGGCAGUGCCAUGUUCUAGCAGGGGCUUCAGCAAGAAACAAAGGAUUUUUGAGUUUAAACGCUUUUUGCUUGUUUUUAUGUUUUGAUGAGAGAGGUGUGUCUGAGUUUGUAAAAAAAAAAAGAAAAGAGAGAGAGAGAUAGAAAGAGGGAGGUAGAGAAACUGCCAGAGGUUAUACAAGUGAGAGAGAAAGUCUGCUUGUAUGCAUGCGUACACACUAAACAUACACAUGUGCACACUGUCUCCCCUAAACACUAGUACAAUGAACAAACAGCACGUGCAUGCACUGAUACCCACACCAAACACGGACUCCACUGUUUUAAUUAAUUGUGUCAUUUGUCUGAACACAAAAUGUACUUUGAGCCGAGCAGUGCCAGUCCCUCCCGCCCCUCUCCCCCUUCCCAAAGAAAAAGAAAGAUAAGGCCAGUGGAGGCGACGGGGGCGAGGGUCGGAACCUCGUUUAUGAGACACCACGUGCAACGCAGCCAACAAGUGGUGUAAACUGAGACUUGUUUACCUUCGCAGCAUGUUCUCAGGGAGGAUGGCUGUUGGUGGGGGAAGGGGAGAGAGGGAGAGAAAAUGUGUGUACGUUGUGCUACUUCAUGAAGCCAAGUGAAAUGUGAGAAGUUGACGGAAGAUUUUCUUUUUUUUUUUUUAAUCAGCAGCUUGUCCUGAACAGUGUGGUGAUUGUUUUUGAUUGAUGUAGGAACUCAAUCAUUUUAAUGACUUAAGGUCACUCCAGCUCUGUAACAUUUGUAGGGCGAGUUGAGAUAACCCUCAUACUCACUAACUCGCCCAUUCAUUCAUCUAUCAAGUCACACUUCACUCACACCUUCAGAUAUACACGCUCUCCAACACACACCACACACAUACAGCACGCUUGUACACACCUUAUGUUCACUGUUUACUAACAGCAUAAUGGAAAAUACAUUUGACAUGUAUUAUCAAAAUCACCAAAAGGCUAAUAAUAAAUUAUUGCUUAUGAUCAAUUGUGUGAAAGUAUAUUUGUGUUUUACGCGUUACUGGCUGUAUGGGUUUGUGUGUAUGUGUGUGUGUUCGUAUGGAUAUGUAUGUAUUUGUGUUCGCCUGUGGAUAUAUAUGGAUUUCUGUACAUGUCCGUUUGCGUGCAUUUGUGUACUGGUGUGUGUUUGUCUAUGUGUUCACAUAGACGAACUUGCUUGUGUUGUUGUUGAACUCUCUUACAACAUCAUCAGAGUGGUAGACAAGUUGGCGAACAAAUCUGAGCUGGUGCAUACAAUUUUAGCAAUACUGACGAUUCCAGUAAUAUAAUAACACCUUUACACACUUCUAAUCAUAUAGAUAAAACUUAAUGUUAGAUUAGACACAACUGUACUGUAGCACACAGGAACUGUUUGCAUCAAACCACAACACAACAAGAAUAAAAGAGUUUAUAAAGUGUGUUUCAUAAACAUCUUAGAACGACUAUCUUAUUACAGUUCACCAGCUUUUAAGUGAAAUGUCUUUAGAAUAGAGACACCGUAGCUGAUGCGAAAGUUCUUUUCUUGUUAUUUUCGCUGGUUGUUUGUUUAUUCACAUCGUUCAGUCAUAAAAGUUAUCAAUUAGCUGAUGGUGAGAUUGGGAUGUUAUUGCCUCCUUCACAGUCUUUGUGGCUACUGCACGCGAUCUACGUGACCGCAUGUGGUUACCAGAAGCCAGGGAGAGUGGGGUGGGCGAGGAGGAUGGAGGGAACAAAGAAUGGUAUUGGAGGAACUGCAGAAAGUCCGUAGGUUUCCGCUGACAGAUGGCUUGGCGUGCUGAUAUCCCUGACUACUUUAUUAUAGCAGUUUCGCCAGGGGCCACAGCUACAUCUUGGGAGCAUAUGUCAACAGUAGCCAGGACCAAGUAUUUGAAACUGUAAUUUGCUGGCAAACUGUAGUGGCUUGGGAAUUUAAAUGUCAAACCAUAAGUCUGCUGUCUAGCGUUCAUAAAGCCGCGCAAACGUGUACAGUCCGGUCACAGGGCCUGCAUAGUCAUCACAUAUUCCUGCAGACUUGCACCUCUGCGCUUCGUGGAGCAUUUUUUUUUUAAAGAAGAUCAGAUGACGACGCACGUGUAACAUGGAGAUGGUUUAGCAUCGAGAACUGAGUCAAGUUUAGACACAUAUUCCAGUGCAACAUAUGGAAUGUUGUUCGUGGAAAAUUGCAACAAGAGAGAAAAGGGUUAUUGAAAAAGACUCUCCGAUUGUUUAUAUAAAAAAAUAGCAAAUAAGAUCCUUCCUUAAUUACUCGCAAACCGAAAGAAAGACAAACAAGCAAAAAAAAAAAAAAAAAAAAAAAAAAAAAAAAAAAAUGUCGCUGUUUUGGACGGAUCUUCGCAAUUUUUGUGGAAGUGAUGAGUUUUGGAAUUCCAGUUUUUACGAUUUCAACGGUUGGCCACGUCUGACAGACUGCUUCCUCAACACAGUGCUGGUGUGGGUGCCAUGUGCUUUCUUGUGGUGCCCUCUGCCCUUCUACCUGGUGGUGCUGGCCAGGAAAGGGGAAGUCACUCCACUUCAUGUCACAUGUUUGAAUUCGGCAAAGACGUUUUUCAGCGUGAUGCUAAGCAUGGUGUCGCUGGUGGUGUUGAUACAAAACUGCAGUCUGCUAACGGACAGCAGCAGUGACGUACUUCCGAUGGCCAUCUACCUUGCCAGCGCCCUGCGAAUGGUGUCCUACCUGUGUACAGCCUUCCUAACGCAGCAUGAGCGUCGACGACAAGUCAUCACUUCCGGUUUGCAGUUUGUCUUUUGGAGUUUGUUUACGGUGUGCGAUAUCGUGCCUCUAUACACGGCUGUCAUGGAAGAGGAUUAUAAGGACGAUAUCCUGGAAUUUCGUGCUGUUCUGUGUGACCUUUGCCAUGGAGGGGAUUCAGGUCAUCCUGUUCUGCUUUUCCGAAGCCCCCGGAAAACAUCGGAAUGGAUACCGACAGCAGCUGAAGCACCAAUGUCCUGAGGUCACUGCUUCCUUUCCAAGCCGCAUGCUUUUCGCCUGGAUGACAGGUUUCGUCUACCUCGGGUGGCGGAGAGAUCUAGAAGAAAAUGACCUUUUUGACCUCAACCCUCGUGACAGCAGUGACGUCCUUGUUCCUCCCUUUGAACGAGAGUGGGAGUUGGAGAAAGACAGAUUCAGAAACAAACAACUCAGUAAAGAAAAAUCAAAUGAUAGCACCAAAGCCGACUCCACGGUGACAACGUCACUUCCGUUACUGACGACAGACCCCAGGAAGAGGGACAUUCACUUUCCCGCACCUGUCUUGGAGACCACGUCCUUGAUGGGCACAGUCGUCAUCAGCUGCUCCACCCACAGGGCACCGAGGGAGUGGGGCUGCCACUGCCUAUGGUACCCUCGACCGCCCAGGGGUCAGCGAGGAGGACCCGAAGAUGCCCUCGCUGUUCCGAGUUUUGUCGAAGCUCGUGGGACCUUGGCUGAUCCUCGGCUUGUUUCAGAAAGUGGUUUCUGAUGGGUUCUUGAUCUUAAGCCCUGUGAUAUUAGGUCUUUUGAUCGAGCAGGUGGGUACUCCCGACCCCAGCGACGACAGGGUGUGGCCUGGCUACGUGCUGGCGGUGUUGAUGUUCCUGGUGCAGAUGGUCAAGUCACUGCUCUUCAACUUCAGCUUCUGGUCCUCGCAAGUGGCCGGCAUGCAGCUCAAGACCAUCCUUAUCGCCGCCAUCUACAGAAAGUCACUGACGAUGAACAGCGCCGCUCGGCGACUGGCCACUGGCGGAGAGAUCGUCAACCUCAUGUCCGUUGACUGCCAACGGAUUCAAGACGUCAUGAACUUCUUCUUCUACGCCUGGACCACUCCUCUACAGGUUAUCAUGGUUGUCGGUGUCCUCUACGUGUACAUCGGCCCCUCAGUCUUCGCCGGUGUCAUCAUGCUUCUCCUUCUCGUCCCCCUCAACUCCUACAUCGCCAGUCGCCAACAAAAACUCAACAUCAGCAACCUGAAGUUCAAGGACCAAAGACUGAGGUUGACCACUGAGGUGCUGAGUGGAAUAAAAGUGCUGAAGCUGUACGCCUGGGAACCUUCCUUUGAGAAGAUGAUCACAGACUUGAGGAACGAGGAGACGAGGAUCCUGCUCAGAAUCUCCUACCUGAACGUCCUGAUGGGGGUGUGCUGGAACUUCGCACCUUACCUGGUAACCCUGGCUACGUUCACAGUGUUUGUGGAGGUCUCCCCUGACAACCACCUGGACGCUCGACGGGCCUUCGUUACCUUGGCCUUGUUCAACAUGCUGAGAGUGCCCCUUGGCCUGCUGUCCACAAUCAUAUCCAUGACCGUUCAGUCUAUCGUGUCAGUGCAAAGGAUUAACAAGUUUUUGUGUUGUGAAGACCUUGACACCAGCAGCGUGACCUACGAUGCUAAUGCAGCAAACGCCAUAUCUGUCCGGAACGGAACAUUCACCUGGGACAGAAGCUACGAACCCGUCUUGAAAAAUAUCGACAUAGAAAUUGGCGUUGGCAGUCUCGUGGCGGUGGUUGGUCAUGUGGGAAGCGGGAAGUCGUCAUUGAUCUCGUCCUUUCUCGGAGAGACGGAGAAAGUAUCAGGGGAUGUAACUAUCAAGAGUUCCGUGGCCUACGUCCCUCAGCAAGCGUGGAUCCAAAACGCAACACUGCGUGAUAAUGUUCUCUUCGGGAAACUCUUCAACGAAAAAAGAUAUCAACAGGUCCUGCGGGCAUGCGCACUGGAGCGUGACUUAGAAAUACUGUCUGCUGGAGACAUGACUGAAAUUGGAGAACGGGGUAUCAACCUGAGUGGGGGUCAGAAGCAGAGAGUGAGUCUGGCCCGCGCCGUGUACAGUGACAGCGACAUCUACCUACUGGACGACCCGCUCAGCGCCGUGGACUCGCACGUGGGCAAACACAUUCUUCAGCAGGGUCAUAGGCCCAACGGCUUGCUCCGGAACAAGACGCGGGUGCUGGUGACACACGGCAUCCACUGGCUGCCGAUGGUUGACGAGAUCAUCGUGCUGUCCGACAACGGCAUCUCGGAGAAAGGCAGCUACGACACUCUCAUGUCCCACAACGGACCCUUCGCUCGCUUCCUCAAACUUCACCUGCAGCAGAAGGAGGACUCGGAAGAAGAAGAAGACCCUGAGAUCUCCACACUCAUCAACAAGAUCCGAGAGGACGUGGAGACGGCGACUUCUGAUGGCGCCACUUCCGGUGAUGAUCUGACACGUCUGGCUAAAGCUAGACGCAGGAAGUACAGCCGGACAAGGUCCAGGUCAAAGUCGCUGACGGAGUCCACGAAGAGCAAGUCUGGUAAGCGCCACCUGGAGGAGGACAAGCUGGAAGAGGAUAAGGGUCGACUGGUACAUGAGGAGACUAUGGAGAAAGGAAAGGUGAAGUGGAGCGUUUUUUUCACCUACCUGAGAGCAGCAGGUGCUGUACCCUUCACAGCAUCCAUUUUGUUCUUCCUCCUCUUUCAAGCCGCCAACGCUGCGGGUAACUUCUGGCUCAGCCGCUGGACCGACGACCCCUUCCUCGCCGCCGCCAACGACAACGCCACCUUGCGGCACGACUACAAUAUCAAGAAUGACUACUACCUGAUGGUGUUUGGAAUGUUAGGCAUUGCUCAAAUGAUCGCCUUGAUUUUCAACAACUUGUUGUUCUGGGUUCGAAUGGUUGUUGCCUCCAAAAUUCUUCACCGCAGACUUCUUGCUAGUGUACUACGCUCACCCAUGGCUUACUUCGACACGACUCCCAUUGGGCGAAUGGUCAACAGAUUUUCCCGUGACAUAGAGACCAUCGACAACAACCUUCCAAUCAUCAUUCGCGACUUCCUCUCCACCGGGACGAUGGCUCUUGUUACCGUCAUCGUCAUCUCCAUUAGUACACCGCUCUUCAUCACACUGGUCGUUCCUAUUCUCAUCCUGUAUUACUUUAUACAGAGCUUCUACAUCCCAACAUCACGACAGUUGAAGAGGAUUGAAUCAGUCACCCGCAGCCCCAUCUACGUCCACUUCAGCGAGACCAUCAGCGGUGGCGCCACCAUCCGCGCCUACCGAGCGGUCGACCGCUUCAUCGAGGAGUCCAAGAGACGGGUGGACAGAAACCAGUCUUUCUAUUUUGCUAGUCUCGGCGCAAACAGGUGGCUGGGAAUGAAUUUGGAAAUCAUCGCAAAUCUCAUCAUCUUCGGCGCCGCCAUCUUUUCUGUGGUUACACCAGGCGUGGGAGGAGGAACUGUGGGACUUUCUGUAUCUUAUGCAAUGCAGAUUUCGGGCUGCCUGACCUGGAUGGUCCGACAGAUGAGCGACCUGGAGACAAACAUCGUGUCGGUGGAGAGAGUGAAGGAAUACUCAGAGCUGGAGUCAGAGGCGCCAUGGAUAAACCAACUUCGACGUCCAGUUCCUUCCUGGCCUGACAGAGGUCAUCUUGUUUUCAGUGAGUACAGUACCCGUUACCGACUUGGCCUGGACCUUGUUCUGCGGGGUGUAACCUUCACCAUCGAGGCCGGUCAGAAGGUUGGUAUCGUUGGAAGGACAGGGGCAGGUAAGUCCUCUCUAACGCUCUCCCUCUUCCGCUUGAUCGAGGCCGCUGGAGGCUGCAUCAUGAUCGACGGCGUCAACAUCGCCGACAUCGGGCUCCACGACCUGCGCUCUCGCAUCACCAUCCUGCCACAGGAUCCCGUGCUCUUUUCUGGCACCCUAAGGAUGAACCUUGACCCUCUGGAUCAAUACUCAGAUGAUCAAAUAUGGAUGGCUUUGGAGAGAGCUCAUCUCAAACAUUUUGCAGAAGAGCUGCCAGAAAAACUGAACCACCAGGUCGGCGAAGAGGGACAGAGUCUAAGUGUGGGUCAGAGGCAGUUGGUGUGCCUGGCCAGGACGCUACUUCGCCGGACCAAACUCCUGGUCCUGGACGAGGCCACGGCAGCCGUUGACAUGGAGACGGACACCCUCAUCCAGAACACCAUCCGUGAGGCCUUCAGUACAUGCACUAUUAUCGCCAUCGCACACCGCCUCAACACCAUCAUGGACUACGACAGGAUCCUCGUGCUAGAUGGAGGGCUGGUGAAGGAAUACGACUGUCCCCACGUUCUCCUUGCGGACAAGAAGAGCAUCUUCUACAGCUUGGCUAAGGACGCUGACCUCGUGUAACAUGGUCAAUGGUGCUGAUCUGACUUUAUCAUGUCGAUAGAGAAUUUUAUUGUUUGAAAAUGAUCGAAGACGAUGCCCUCGGUGAGACCUUUGUGCACUGGCUUAUUCUACGCAUGAGCGAACAGUGAGAUGCGGUGGUCACCUUAACAAGCUCCACACGUUCGUUUUCUCUGCUCAGUCAGUCCACUCCCACGAAAACAACAAACAAACAAACAAACAAACAAGCAAGUAAAAAAAAAACAAACCAAACAAACAAACCAAACCCCCCACACAAGAAAUCAAUGACCAGUUAAGCUGUUUGAAGUAUUUUGUUUUCCCUGGCCACCAUUGCAAACGACAAAAUAGGGAAAAAAUGUGCGCAUGCGUGAAAAAAAAUCAGUGCUAAAAAUAGUAGCACCCAAGGUAGUCAUCGUCUGAUAUUAACAUAGUCUAUUUUUAAAAACUAAAUAUAAAAAAUUAUUUGUAAUUAAAGAUUAUUGAACUGUUUAUGAGUCAAAGUGUGUGAGAAUGAACAUCAAUGUUUCCAUGAGUAUAAGUCGCUUCAUGAGUUCCCGCAUAGAUUAUAGUAGAAUAAAGACCCACUAAUAGUCAGUUUUGGAAACCGGUGUUCUCUCCUUUAAAAGACAGAAGAAGCAAGUAAAACUGUCACUUUAGUCAGACUUAUGUUUGUUGUUUAAUAUAAGAGGGAGGCAGCACAUACAGUUUGUACAUGUUUGUAGAAAAAACACAUACACUUUGUUUGUUUGUUUGUUUAAACAAAACACUUGUGACAGGUGUGAAAAUGUAUCUUGAAGUGAACAUGUUAUGACUUCACAAUUAGAUGACAAUAAAGAGGUUGAAGUCAAA